AUGCUUUAUCCACACAACACCGACGUCAUCGCCAAUAUAAACUACUUCCCUGCCACCGGCAUCCCCAUCCCCAAAUCAGAAUGGAAAGUCAAAUACCUCGACGACAAAGAUGAAUACACUCGCCCCAUGCUCAUCCGCGACGUACGAAAAGCGAAGAAGAUAUUCGACCUAGACGCCAACGGCUUCACAUUCGUCACACUGCCUCAAAAGCGGAGAGUCGACCGGCACAGCAGCGAAGAAGACGUAAAACGAGAAUACUACCCCGAGUUGGAAGAAGUAGUCAAGAAACUGUAUAAAUACCUACCAACAUCCUCCAUAACAGACAUCAGCAUACAGGAGCACAGAAGAACAGGAGCUAACACCCCCAGAACCGGUGCCUCAACCGUCCACGUCUUCAACCACGUAAUCCGCGCACACACCUCCCCCUCCGCAAAGGGCAUCCAAGACGCCCUCGGCCGAUGGCAAGACAUUCCCUCGGGUCACCCGCACGUCGACUACGCGGGCUCCGCAUCCGCCCUCGCCGGUACACUGACUGAACUCUCGUUCCCACCCCACAUCAACGAUCUCUUCAAGACAUCCACCCGCUACGCCUUCCUCAAUUGCUGGCGGCCGCUCAAAACCGUGCGUCGAGACCCGCUGGCCGUGUGCGACGCGAAUACGGUGCCUGAUGCCGAUUAUCAGAUAUGUGUGAAGGACAAGGGCAUGAGUGGUGGUAUAUGA